AUGGAUUUUGAUAAUUCUCUUGAUGAUGCUUUAAAGGCCCCUGUUUGGGAUGAUCUCAAUCCUACUCCUCAACAACAACAUGACAAAGAAGAGGAACAGACACCAUUAGUCGGAGAUGUACCCAAAGAAUUAUCUGAUACAUUUGCCGAUUUGUCAGUUAGUAACAAUAAUUAUUUAAACCCUAUGAUAGAUACUAUUACUUCUGAGGAACAGCAUGGAAUUGAACCUCAAAAUCUCUCAUCUACCUGGGAAGGUCAUAAACAAAAUACUGUUGCUCCUGAAGAAAAGCAUAAGGCAGAUUUGAUUAACAGUUUGGCUCCAGAAGAAGAUCCCUUUGACGACCUGAACCAUCGUUAUGAUCCACCCAUUUUAUCAAAAAAUCAUGAUGCAAGUACGAUCCUAACCGCUGACGGCUCGUUAUUUACCAAGAAUGAGUUAAACGGUCCAUUUUCUUCCAUAAGUGAUGACGGUCUUUUCAGUGGAGUUCCAAAAGGUGUUGACAUUAAAUUUCAACCAGUUCGUAAGAUUGCUAAACCUCAUAUACUAUUUGAUUCAACUACAAUCUUACAACAUGCCAAAAGAGUUGGUGAAAUCACCACUCAACGUAAAUCUCAGGAUAAUCAAGAUAAUAAUGAAGAAAUGGAAGAAGAUAUAGAUCCAUUGGGUGAAAACGCAAUGGAUGAUGAAUUUGUUGACGAACCAUUGGAAGAAAAAAAAUUGUCUGAUAAUCCAAAUGGACAAUCAGAACAAGAACAUAAUAUAUUACAUAAAGUUAAUGAACCCCUAUAUGUAUUAUCACCCAAGAAAGGUUCUACUGUAAAUGAAUCCGAAAAGAAUGCUUUAGAAACCAAUACAACCAUGGAAAAGACCCAUGAACAAGUACCAGAUCAGAAAUCAAAACCGCAAAUAGAAAAAGAAAAAGAAACAGAAGAGAAAGAAAUUCCAUUAGUUGAUUUUAAAAUAGAAGUUAAAGAUCCAAUCAAAGUAGGUGAAUUAACUUCCAUGCACGUUGAAUAUACCAUCAUUGCUGAAUCUACAUUAAUAGAAUCCAGUUAUGCUCAAGUGACAAGACGCUAUAGAGAUUUUAGAUGGUUAUAUCGUCAAUUACAAAAUAACCAUUUGGGUAAAGUAAUCCCACCACCACCUGAAAAGCAAGCUAUAAGAAGGUUUUCUGGAGAUUUCAUUGAGAAUAGAAGAAUUCAAAUGGAAAAUAUGUUAAUUUGCAUUGCUACAGAUACUAUUUUACAAAAUGAUCCUGAUUUCUUACUUUUCCUGACAAGUACAAAUUUCCCUUAUGAUUGUAAAAAUCGUGAGAAUUUAACUGGUUCUAACGCAUCAAAUGAUAGUAAUGAUCUUUCAGAAAUUUAUAUAAGUCCGAUUCAAUUAUUUGGUUCUGAAGAUGGGAUACGAAUCAUUAGGAAUGGUGGUAUUGAUGCAGAAGUCAAUAAAGGAUUUAUGGGUAUGUCAUUUUCAUCUGCACCUAAAUAUACUGAAAUUGAUACAUUUUUCAUUGAACAAGGUAAAUCCAUCGAUGAUUUAGAAGAACAGUUGAAACACAUAUAUACACAUUUAGAUCUACUAGAGACCCAACGAAAUGAGUUGGCCAUUGCAAUGGAUGAUUUUGUAUCUUUAAUGCAUUCUUUAGCGGACCUGAAUGUGACAGAAAAAAGUUCAGAUGUAUUAAUAAAUUUUGAAGAAAUUCAAAAGGAAAUUAAAGUAUCUCUAGAAAGGAAUUCCUUACAAGAGUCAAUAAUAAUGGGAGCUAGUAUAGAUAAUUAUAUGAGGGCAUUAGCUAGUGUUAAAGCUAUUUUCAAUCAAAGGGCAAAAUUAGGAUAUUUUUCACUUGUUGUUGAAGAGGAAAGGAAUAAGAAAAGGAUUCAAGGUGAAAAGUUACAAAAAACAAUUAAUCCGCAAGGCGAUAACAAGAAACUUGAAUUAAUAAAGUUUGAAUAUAGACUUUUGAAUACAAGGUUACGCAUUAUAAGAAAUAAAUGGAAUGAAGUUGGUGAAAAGAUCAAAUUGGAAGUUAAAAAGUUUGAUAAGGAGAAGAUAAACGAGUUCCGAAAUAGUAUCGAGAUAUCGUUAGAAUCAUCCAUAGAAGCUCAAAAGGAAUGUAUUGAGCUUUGGGAGACAUUUUAUAAGAAUAAUCUAUAA